AUGGCGGACCUGUCCAUUGAUGAGGCGAACAAGAUUCGUCUAUCUAUGGGCCUACCUGCUCUUCCUGGAGGAUCUGCGCCCAACACAUCCGGCCCGGCUUUCAAGCCUGCGAAAGAAAGCGACGACUCGGACGAAGAGCCUGCAAGUACCAUCGACACUCGCCAGGCGGCGGCAUAUGACAACUGGAAGAAGCUGCAAGAUGAGGCCGAGGCCAAGAAGAAGCGCGAAGAGCGUACGGCCGCGAUCAAGAAGGAGCGCGAAAAGGCCGCGCGCUUUGCCAAGCUCGAUGGCAAAGGCCUUGCAGAUGAGGCGAAUGAGGAUGACGACCUGGCAUGGCUGAAGACCAGCAAGAAACGCCAAAAAAAGAUUGCCAAGGCCGAGCAAACGCAGAAGGAACUCGAGGAGCGGGAGCGCCAGGCACGCGAAGCCAUGCAGUACACCGAAGCCGAUCUAGCAGGAAUCAAAGUGGGACACGAGGUCGACCAAUUUGACGACGAAGACCAGAUUCUAGUGCUCAAGGAUACAGCGGUCGACGCGGAAGACGAUGACGAGCUCGAGGCGGUGGCGCUCAGAGACAAGGAGAGGCUGCAGGAGCGACUCGACUCGAAGAAGCGAAAGCGCGCAUACGACCCGAACGACAUGGACGAGUCAGGGCAGAAGUCCAUUUUGGCGCAGUAUGACGAAGAGAUCGAGGGCAAGAAGGGCAAGAUCUUCACAUUGGAUGGCAAAGGCCGAACCGUGGAAGACACCCAAGCCGAUGCCCCGGCGGCUGCAAAGGCAAAAAAGGUUGCUAUCAGUCUCGACAUUCUCAAAGAAGAAGCGCCAGCCAACGAUUACAUGGAUGUCUCUGAGGUCAAAAUGAAGAAGCCAAAGAAGAAGAAGUCCAAAAAGGCGAAGAGAGAGCGCAUUGAGGAUGAGGACGAGAUGCUUACAGUCCCGGUAGAGGAGGCCGCAGCAGAUGACAUGGAUAUCGAUGGAGGUGAAGUUGCGGUGCCCAAGCAAAAGAAGAAGAGCAUCUUCGACGAAUCCUUCAUCGAGGACGAUGAUCUCCAAGCCAACCUCGCAGCGCAACGACAAAAGGCCCUCAAGAAGCGCAAGAAGAUGCGACCCGAAGACAUUGCACGACAACUGCGCGAGGAGGCCUCCGCCCCAGGCACGCCUGACGUCAUGGAGACGACGGAAGAGUACGCCGACUCGGCUUUGAUCAUUGAUGAGACCACCGAAUUUGUGCAGAACUUGGGCACCAACGUCGGUGAGGACGAAGACGAGGCACGCAGCAAGCGCAGGAAGUCUAGCCGCCUAUCCGCGGGUAUCAAAUCAAUGGGCGACAGGUCAGCUGCAGACGAGGAUGGUGACGUUGACAUGACUCAAUCAUAUGCCGAAGCAGCAGAGGCAGAAGAGGCCCGGGACCGCAGUGUAUCACGUGCGCGAUCGACUGGCAUAACAGACACUGGCCUUGAAGCCGAGAAGACUGUCGACCAAGGACUUGGUGCUACUCUUGCCCUUUUGAGGCAGCGAGGCAUAGUGAGCGGGACUGACGCUGGUGAUAAGAAUACGUCAUACCGCGAUCGCCAGAAGUUCUUGGCCGACAAGCUGAAAGCUGAGGCGGACGCAGAGCGACAGAGGAAAAUGGGACGCGAGCGCGAACGAGGCUCUGCACGCUGGAAUACCAUGACUCCCCGCGAACGCGAGGAGUGGGCCCGCAAGGCGAACACCAAUGCCGACGUGAGCGAAAGCAGGAGGCUUGCCGAUAUCUUCAACAAAGAGUACAAGCCCAACGUCGAGCUGACCUACGUCGACGACCACGGACGCACUAUGAACCAAAAGGAGGCCUUCAAACAGCUGAGUCAUCAGUUCCACGGCAAGGGCAGCGGAAACACGAAGACAAAGAAGUAUCUUGACAAGGUUGCUGCCGAGAAGAAGAAAAUGUCCGAGAGUUCGCUUGAGGCUGGCCAUGGCGGUAUUGGUAACGCACAGGAUCAGCAAGCGAAGAAGCUGAAGACUGCUGGUGUAAGGUUGCAGUAG